CGAAAACGAACAAUUGAAGAAGUAAGUUAAAGUUUAUUUUUUUCCCCUCUGACAUUGCAUAAGCAUUUUCCUUGAUGUCGAUGUUUUAACUGUAAACUAUGGUAUCCAUUAAACAGGUUCCAGGAAAGUGUACUUCAAAAACAAGCCCUGGAGAACAUGUAUACCAUUGGCCAUCUGUAAAACAAAAAGAAAAAGAACACAUCCCCAUCACCUCUUAUUUUCCUUUCUUCUAAUUCCUUUUUGCAUUGUUCCCCGUUGCAUUCCCAUUUACGUUUUGCCUUUUUCUUUUUUUCUAUACAGGUUCAUUCAUUUUCGUAAUCACUCACUUGUUUUUCUUUCGCUUUUUCCCCGGCAACAUGGCUGUGUAUCAUGCGUAGAUGCUUGAUGGUCCGUAUCUGCAUAUAUGCAUCCAUGCAUACUUGUAAACUGUCAACGCGCGUAUGUGUGCGUGUGCUUUCUGUUGGUGUAUGCAUGUUUUCCUCUUAGAUUCACUCUUCUGUUGCUUAUCAUCUCCUUUUUUUCUUCUUCUGAUCCUCUUCAAGUUUACUUUUCUUUUUGCAUUUUCUUUUUUUUUAUAUACCCUUUUUCUCAAUUCCCCUUUUUUCUUCUUGCAAGGCAUCUUCAUUUACUGUUUGAAUGGUGUUCUUUCUUUCUUUCAAUACAUUGCUUUUCUUUUGCCGUUAGUUUUCUACAUUCAUUUGUUUUGCAUUUGUCUUUUUGCUGUCGAUGAAAACGUUGAAUAGAUCGUCGUAGCCCCCUUUCUUUCUCAUGAUUUUGUUUCUCACCCGGGUUUUAAUCCAAACUUUA